GAUCGCACUCACCUCCUCCGGCCUUCUUUCUCUCGGGCAAUACACUACUCUCAAUUUCUUUACCUUACGCGUUCAUGAAUGGUGGUCAACGAGCACAGACUGCGCCGUUUAAUGGUCCAUCGUCUCCUCCGGACUUCUCGGAUGACGGCGUAGAGGACGACAGUCAUGAGGACCACGGCGGUGACUAUUCGACUCGCUUCGAUGAACUCAUGAGUGACGCAGAGAAUGGUACCGAUGAACAUAACGACGACGAGGACGAAGAGGAAGCUUUCUUCUAUAAUGGUGUCGACGCAGACCACGUUGAAGGUGGAUACAAGGAGCAGUUGCGCGACGUAUUAGGUCCUGAACAUGAAGAUGAUGAACUGGAGGAAGUCGAAGUUGAACGUUCGUUAGUACAUGAUGUGGAGGAGAAUGAGAAGUUUGCUGCGUCUCUAGAUGACGAAGCAAGGCGUACUGGUUCACGGUCUGCCUCCCCAGAGUCGCAUUUCGCUUCAUCACCACCCACCAUCACAGUCUCUCAUGCUCCUUAUGCACUACUUCCAAUGGAACGACCUUUUAUACACCCAGCCAUAUCUCGUCUGCGGUCGGUCACUCCUCAAGCUUCUCGUACGCCUUCCAUUGGCAGUUUCAACACAUUAAUUUCGUUGAGAGAUCUACCAUCGGUGUCUCAGUCUCACUUCUCUGCACUAUCUCGGAGCAGCUCUACAGCCAAUAUUCAUGAAUCUGCUGCAACUGCGGGUACUAGUCAUGACCAGCAGCACCAUGACGUCUUUCGAUGGACAAGAUUGAAGGCCGUUGAGGACUUCAUUUAUGGAAGGCAGCCUUCGAAAGCUGCUGCAAUAUUAGGGACGCCUUCGCUUGGCUCGCCGACGGUGCUGACUUCCAAUGGCCUUGUAUGUAUCGGUACCGACCUGGGAAGAAUCCUCGUCUUCGACUUCAAGCAGAAUUUGAGGUGUGUCUGUGGUGACGACCCUCGAGUUGGACCUGUGACUGCAUUAGCUCUGUCAUUUGACCACACCUACAUCGCAACAGGCCAUGCUACGGGUCACAUCCAGCUUUUUGAACUCAGUAGACCCAAGACAUCGGCACGGUUUGUUGCACCAACUUCCCUGGCUGCUGUUGCAGCCGGUACGCAGGAAGGUCAUCUUCUGGGCUCCAGGAUCAACAGUAUAGGUUUCGUGGCCGGACGUCACACGGCUAUCGUAUCCGCAGACGAAACUGGUCUAGCUUUCUACCAUAGCCUAGGCAAGGUCCUCUUUGUGGAGGCUUCCGAUGUGUUGCGCAUCCUUGGCAAGUACCCUGACGAGGACCCACACGAAUUGUUAGGCCAUGCUAUGCCCUUUCGGAAACGGAGGAUGCGCAAAGCCAAUACGAUACUCUCAAUGAGUCCACUACCCCUUGGCACUUCCCCUCAUCCAACCGAUGCAUAUAACCUAAUAGCCCUUCUAACGCCAGUCAAGUUGGUUAUAGUUGGAUUGAAACCUUCUCCCAAGACAUGGUACCGACGACAUCGGGAGGCAGACGAUGAACCUCGGUCGAGUUCUCGAUAUAAGGGCUCAUUAGCAUGGUUCCCGAGCGUUAUACCCGGUGCACCCAUUGAUAGUCAUGCAGCCAAGAAACAGAAUGGAUCUACUCCUCCAGCUUUGACGUCGCCUAUGCUUGUGUAUUCCUGGGGGAACACAGUCAAUCUCAUCCGGGUAUCUGAGACAAAGGUUCGUCAGAAGUCACGGAACGCUCGGACUGGGAAGGUUGUAGACGUGGAAGUGGGCCGAAUUACCUUCGAAGAGGUUGGAAGGUGGACCACUGAGACCGAUGUUCUGGUGAUCCAGUGGCUUAACGUCAAUCAAGUCAUAAUACUGACCUCCCCGACACUUGAAGUUUACGAUAUCCGUGGAUUUAGGCUAGUGGAGCGUGUCUCUUUCGACACAUGGUCGUUAGUCUCACCAAUUCUAAGCCAUACUACGAACGGCUCCGUGUCAUACGCCGAUGCCAUUACCGAAGUAUCGCAUAGCCUCAGGGUGUACAAAGGCAAGAUCUUUAUUCUGGGACAACAUGAACUGAAGGUUGGAACAUUGCUCACAUGGGCCGAUCGAAUAUUGGCUUUUGUCGAACGAGGCGACUUUCUCAGUGCGAUCGAUCUCACUCGCUCGUACUAUGUGGGCGAAGCUCCCGGCAAUAGGAACGGUCUUCCCGAAGACCAAGAGGAGUACCGUACAAUGGUUGGGACCAAGCUCCAUGAGCUGAUGGUAGCAUCUGCUCGCUACGCGUUCUCCGAGGAGCGACUCUACGAUGCCACUCACGUCACACCCGAUGGCAGAGGUGUCGACCGCACCGCAUUGUUUGAGGGUCUCGUCGUAUCUUGCUCACGUGCUUGCAUCACAUUGGAUGACUUUGACUUAUUAUUCGAGGAGCUCUACCAGCACUAUGAAGACAACGGCAUUGCUGGUAUGUUUCUCCUGCAAUUGGAGCCUUUCGUUCUUGACGGACAAAUCCGCCACGUUCCUCCCCGGAUAACCCAACGGCUCGUUGCUCUCCAUAGCGAAGACAAUCGUCCGGACUUGGUUGAGCGUGUAAUAUGGCACAUUGACCCCGAUUGCCUGGACAUAAACCAAGCAAUCACCUUGUGCCAACAUUACAACCUAUAUGACGCAUUAAUAUACGUCUACACUGCGGCACUGAAGGACUACGUGUUACCCGUGGUGGAGCUGUUUGGGUUGAUACGGAAGGUACGACGGUAUCGGAGAGCAAGGUCAGAGGCGUCACCGACAUCCCGAAUGUUUGUGGACGUGGAGACUGUCGAAUCCGACACGGUGAACGCCUACAAGAUAUUUCCAUAUCUGGCGGACGUGCUUACUGGGUUGUCCUAUCCAAGUGAGGAACCUCUUGCGGAAGAAGACGCUAUCCGUGCCAAGGACGAUGUUUAUAAGUUCUUGUUCUUUGGACGAUCCAAUGUAUGGCCACUUGAAGGUGGCAAGCUCAUACUGACUUCCGACGAGGAGAAUGGAGAAGAACCCACCUAUCCCUACACCCGACUUCUCCUACGAUUUGACGCGGAAUCCUUCCUGCAUACUUUGGAUCUCGCCUUCGAGGAUUCAUACCUAAAUGACGAGUCCAAAGGUGUCAACCGUCUUGUCAUAGUAAAGGUCCUCUUCGAGAUCUUGUCUACACCUGGCUUAUCACCCUCAGAGGCCACCUUCCUCAACAUAUUCAUUGCUCGGAAUGUCCCGAAGUAUCCUCAGUUUAUUCGCGAUUACAUGGCGCCAACCGAACUGCAAAGCAUCCUUAUCGGACUUGCCGACUCUUCCGACGAGAGCACACGGGAAGAUCGUCAGCUUGCAGCUGAAUAUCUCCUCUCUACGUAUACUCCACACGACGGUGACCAUCUUCUCCGCCUAUUCGAACAAGCUGGCUUCUACAGAAUCCUUCGCACAUGGCAUCGCCAGGAACGCCAAUGGGUCCCUCUUCUUGAAACAUAUGUGCAAGAUCCUGAUCUCCCACCAGCUGAGCUUUUCCCGUCGGUGGACAAUGUUAUCCAGGUUGCAUCGAGAAGUAACAAGGGAACUCUUCCAUCUGAGCUCCUUGUCGCUAUUCAGGAUUCGAUUUCAGCACUGCUUCGAGUUAGUAUGCCACGGACCGCGUUUCUGGUCGAUAGGCGAGUACCAAACCUUCAUGAUCGAGUCAUGGAGAUGUUAGCAAGUGGUCCAGCUCGCGACCGUUUCUUAUAUCUCCGCUCACUUCUGGGCUCGCCUCAGAAGCUCGAGGAAGAAUUCGGAGACAUCCCACACAGAGACGGGCCAUCAUCCCACGUGCCGCCUCAGCAUCUUCAAGAGUAUGUCUCACUUCUAUGCGAGUUUGACCGUCCAGCAGUUAUUCAUGAACUGAAAUACCUACCGCCGGAUCGUCUGGAUUGGGAUCGAGUCCAGCAGACAUGUGAGGCUCACGAAGCGUACGAUGCUGUUAUUUGGUCUCUCAAUCAUCGCAAUGACCCUUCCGCUGCACUGUCGAAGGCGGAAACAUAUCUCCAACGUAUUUCUAGCGAGUUUGCUCGCCGGUUCUCCACCCAGGAGGAGGAGGAGGAUGACAUAGAGCAGGUGUUGUCGUCGUUACAGAUGGUAGGGACGAGUGCCGGCUCCGUAUGUCUUGAACGAUCACAGGCCAUGUUUCAGUCACAAGAACAAGCCGAAGACCUUUGGUUCAAGGUCCUUCAUAGUCAAAUACAGUCUUUGCAUGUUAUAUCGAUUGCCUGUCCGACAGCCACUUCAAACGCUCCCGAGCCCGUUCAAGCAGCUCCUCAGGAGAAACGUGUACUCGAGGUCCUCCGCAGUCUCGUUCAAAACACGUUCAACUCAUUGCUAUCCAUCAAUUCUAGCAAAGUCGUUUCUUUCCCCCGACUAUUCAAACGACUCGUGGAUUCUGCUACCAAAGGCCCAGCAUCACAGGGUGCGGUUUAUAACGAGUUUAGGGUGAUCCUCUCCGGAAUGCUGGACUCGUAUCGAUCUGAUGGUGACAUGCUAGUCAUCACAAAGCAUAUGAUUGACUACGACGUCUUUGUUGCUAUAGAGAGCUUAGCAAUCGAGCGUUCAAGAGGCUGGGCACCGUCUCGAAGUGUGUGUAACGGGUGUGGAGAACGGUUGCCAGGUGAGAAGAGGUCUGCGGCGACAAUGCCCGUUGGAGAGGGUUCAUGUUCUCGUCCUUCACAAAUGAUUGUUUCACGGACAGGAGCCAUAUACCAUGAUAGAUGUUCACCACCUGAUUUCCAUGUUCCUUCCUCCGCCAGAGUACACUGAAAAGUACCGCCGUCCAGGAUAAUAGUUGCUAAAUAUUCGUUAUAUAUGAUUCAUGACCAUUGGAAGGAUAUACACCAAAAAAAACAUGAGCUAAGAAUCUUC